GUACUACCGUCGUGUGCUGCACCCUGCUGAAGAAGAAGCGAUCAGAUGGCAGUCGGGGAUGCCCAUACCACUAUCAGGGGUUAGUGGCUACUACCGCCGCUUGUCGUCAAGCUUAGGACUAAGAAACAACCGGAUUGAGCAACACCGGGCACCGGAGAUGGACUCUGUGAUUUAGGCUGGCUCAGUGCAUUAAUGGCUACAGAUGCCUGGCAGUGGUGCCCUGACAUCCCAAUAUGCGGCUGAUCCAGGGGCUGACUGGUGAGAAGAUCAGACUGACUCAUGAGCAGCCUAGCCAGCCAGCAAACCCAUCUCAUAAACUUAACAUUGAAUUUUGUAAGAUACAUUUUUUGAGAAAUAUUAGUGAAAAGUACCUAGUACAGUGAAAACUGUCCGAGCAACCACCUGGCGCAGGCAACCACCUGCCGUCAGAGGACACUUUGAAAUAGUCCCGUCCAUUUUUACAUGACCCCCUCCAAAGCAACCACCUGUCUUCCCCAACUGUCCGAGCAACCACCUGGCGCAGGCAACCACCUGCCGUCAGAGGACACUUUGAAAUAGUCCCGCCCAUUUUUACAUGACCCCCUCCAAAGCAACCACCUGUCUUCCCCAACCAGCAACCACUUUUUUACAGUCCCAAAGGGGCAUUCAACCUGCCUAUACCAACCAAAAACAGUUAGCAGCCAUUUUUUAUAGGCAGAAUUAUGUGAGCACAGUUACCCUGGACUUUGAGACUUCUUUUCCUUAUGUAAGUGAAUACCAGUCAAUCAUAUUACCAAUGUGCACCAUGCAAAAUGGUUAUCAGUGAGAAUUUUGACAUACUGAUAAUUGAAAGCACUUGUUUGGGUUGUUCAAGGAAAUAGACAACUAUAAAACAAACCAUGUUUGAUUGUUAGACAAACUCAGCUCUGAUUGUUAAACAAUGGUUUCUUGAACCUUGUUUACAUAAGAGUAUGGAGAUUAAAAACUGUGUGCAUCUCUUAUAAAUAUGUUUCCUGGGAACUAAUUGAAAGGUGUAUAUCAUGCAAACCGUAUCAUUAUUUUUUUUUGCCAACCAACCAACUUGUCGGGAGCAACCACCUGUCCUCAGCAACCAUUUUUGCUCGGUCCCUUGAGUGGUUGCUCAGGAAAGGUUUGACUGUAGUUGUUUUGAACAUUUCCACAGAAAAGUGAAAACAAAACUAGUACAGUGUUAUUGAAGGAUAUAGACUAUUUAAGCAAUGUUUAACUCUGUGGACUGUUUGAAAAGUACAUCAUACAGCUUUCAGUUGAGAAGUUUGUUGUUUUCGCUGUUCAAAUGUUUUUUUUUUUUCUAAAAUCCUGCCAUUCUAAGAAUAGGCGUGUCCAAUACUUGACUAUCUUGUGUAGUUUGUGCCAAAGGGACCAUUAAGGAUCUGUGUAGUUAUUGUACAAAUUAAAGCUACUCGGAUCAGCCUGUAAUUUUGGUGAAAUGGCUGUUCUAGUUCUGUAGAACGAUCAUAUAUUCCAGAUGUUCUGAUUGCAUGUUCUAUUUUGUCCCAUGUUGACUAUCUUAGAAUUCCUAUUAUCAUUCCAUUAUUUGUUUCAAAUAAAAGUUAAAUGGACUAAAUGUAUUUCUACAUAUGAACUAAAGCCAGGUUUUAACGAGCACCUACUAGAUGUAAGUAAGUACUAGAAAAUGGUGACUUUGUAUAUUGGUAAGGCCGUUGGUACAACUUUGUAAGCCAAUUUUGCCCUGGUUGAAAGUUUAAGAAGUACUCUCCCUUUCUCAUGUAUUUUUGUCUGUCUUGCAUUACUGUGUUUACUUUACCGAUGAAGAGCGCCUAUUGUGUGAGUGUAGCAGUGUGUAAAACCCUUUUGAUAAUCGUGCGCAGUGUAACAUCUAAAAUACGUGUGCUGCUGAGCAGUAGACAGAACUGGUCGUUCCGGUCGCUACAGUCUCAAAGCGCAAUGUGGAGUGUUUGGUUUGACCCGGGCGAGGCAGUUGCCAGAAGCGUGUUAGAUAUUAUACACGCUGAAACGACUGGGUCAGAUUUAGGGGGUGUGACAUUCCAGCUUUGCCACGAUGUCGUCUGAAAUCUUAAAGGACAUCAGCGACGAGUUCUUGGAGUGCCAGGUCUGUUUCCGGACGUACAGCCGACCCAAGCUGCUCGGCUGCUUGCACACCUUCUGUGAGACCUGUUUAUCGGACCACGUGCCCGAAGGGACGUCUGAAAUCACGUGCCCUUCAUGCUCACAGACAACCCCCCUCCCCCAAGAUGGCGUGUCCCGACUGAAGGACGACUCCUUCAUAUCAAAUCUUGUGGCGACUGUUGGUGCGAAGAAGAGGGUGAUAGAAGGGACAGGGAAUAUUCCGUGCGAAGGUUGUGAGGACAAAAAGACGGCAACUUCACGAUGCGUCGUCUGCAACGACUUCUUGUGCAGGAGCUGCGUCACCGCCCACCGCAAGAUGAAGGUCUUCAGAGGUCACCUUGUCGUCAGUUUCGACGACAUGAAGAAGGGUCUGUUCGAUGAGUCUACUGAGCUGAAGAACGGCCCGACCUGCGACAUCCACGAGGGGGAGAAGAUACGGUUCUUCUGCAAGACGUGUGAGAUACCGGUCUGCCACAACUGCACGGUCCUGGACCACAGUCUCCCCAAGCACGAGAUCAGCAGGCUGAAGUCCACGUCAGAGGACCUUCGGCGGGAUAUUCUGCAUCACAUCAACGAAGCGACCCGCCACAAAAGCAUCUUAGACCGCAAAUCACACGACUUGGAAAGGAAGAAAGCCGAUUUCCACAAGAAACAUGAAGAAAUCUGUCAUCGGCUAGAAAAGAAGUUUGAAGAGUUGGCGCAACACAUCGACCAGCUCAAACAGAAAGCGCUGGAGAUGACGAAUACCAAGGCCGCCAUCAAGAUGAAAGAGAUGGACACCAUGAAAGAAAAAGUCGACUCCUACAGAUCCAGACUCAGCAGUGGCUGCACCUACGCGGAGAACAUUCUGACCAGAGGUUCUGACGCGGAAGUCGCCGCGGCAUUUCACCAGAUGAGGGAGAGUUUAAGUGAGGGAGUGAGGUGCUCGCGCCGGACGGAGCAGUACGUCCCUGACCUGACCACGGUCUGGGCAGAUGUGUACGAGAUGGAGCUCAACAGGCUGCUGGAAGAAGUCAGAGAGGUUCUGUGGAGGGAGGACGACGAGAUCGCAGAGAUGGUGCAGCGGACGGAAGGGACGUUCAAGUUCACGGUGGAAAACUUCACGUCUCUCCAGGACACCGCCAGCAGGCCAACCUUCUUCUUCAACAACUUC